AAACUGCACUCCAAGGCUAGGAGAGAGAAGACAUGGCCGACAAAGUCCUGAAGGAGAAGAGGAAGGUUUUUAUCCAAUCAGUGACCGAGGGCACCAUAAAUGGCUUGUUGGAUGACCUAUUAGAGGAAAGAGUGGUGAACCAGGAGGAGAUGGAGAAAGUAAGACAUGAAAAUGACACAGUUAUGGAUAAGGCCCGAGCUUUGAUUGACUCAGUCACUCGGAAAGGGGCCAAGGCAAGCCAAGCAUGUAUCGAUCACAUCUGUGAAAUCGACUCCCACCUUGCAGAGAAGAUGGGGCUGCCCUCAGGUCCUGCAGUUCCUCCAGAAGUGACUGGACCAGCUGAGUCAGCAGAAACUACAGAUACCCUCAAGCUUUGUCCUCCUGAAGAGUUCCUGAAAAUGUGUCAAGAAAGGGCUGGAGAGAUCUAUCCAAUAAAGAAGAAAACAGACCGCACUCGCCUGGCUCUUAUCAUAUGCAAUAGAGACUUUGAUCACCUUCAGCCCAGGAAAGGGGCUGACCUUGACAUCACAGGGAUGAAAAAGUUGCUUGUGGACCUUGGCUACAGUGUGAUUGUGGAAGAGAACCUCACAGCCAAGGAGAUGGAGAAAGUGCUGGUGGAAUUUGCUGCCCGCCCAGAGCACAGGACCUCAGAUAGUACAUUCCUGGUGUUCAUGUCCCAUGGCCUCCUGGAUAGACUCUGUGGGACUCAGCACAGCGAUGAAAACCCAGAUGUGCUACCUUAUGACACCAUCUUUCGGAUAUUCAACAAUCACAACUGCCUCAGUCUCAAGGACAAACCUAAGGUCAUCAUUGUCCAGGCCUGCAGAGGUGAAAAUCGUGGGGAAUUGUGGGUCAGUGACUCUCCAGCAGCCAUGACAGACAGCUCUUCACAGUCACCUGGGAACCUGGAGGAGGAUGCCGUUCACAAAGCACACGUGGAGAAGGACUUCAUUGCUUUCUGCUCCUCAACCCCACAUAACGUGUCCUGGAGAGACCCUAGUAAAGGUUCUCUCUUCAUCACACAACUAAUCAGAUGCUUCCAAAUGUAUUCCUGGCAUUGGCACCUCGAGGAAGUAUUUCGGAAGGUUCAACUAUCAUUCGAAAAGCCAGAUGUUAGAGCCCAGAUGCCCACCAUUGAACGGCUCUCCAUGCCAAGAUAUUUCUACCUCUUUCCUGGCAAUUGAAAAUAGGAAUUACAGGCAGUCCUGCCCUUCUUUACCAACUUCUAGAAGUACCUUUACCAGUAUGGCACACCUAUUUAACCAUUUGUAUUUAAAUAAAAAUCAAAACACAUAAACUGUGUCUUUGGGUCUUUA